AUGGAUAUCCCUCGCCUGAUCAAUACCAUAGGCUGGGGUGACAUACUACCAAAUCGAAACUUUGGGUUUCGACCAGAGGCUGUACGCAUGUUCUAUGCUAAUAUGAAGCCCUGUCUUCACAUCUCUCCACCAUGUUUCACUACCAUAGUGUACAACUGUCUCAUAACACUCAAUGUGGAGUUGCUGUCCUUACUUCUGGGGAUUCCAGUUUCUGGGGCUGAAGUCAUGAAUGAGCUUGACUUCCAUUCGGUUGAGUUCAAUGAAGGAGAUGCCUUGCGGCUGUACACUAGGGAUACAGGUCUUUAUUAUCCUUCGGAAUUUCAUGCUGGGAGACUUCCUGAUGAUCUCAAAGUUCUGCAUUUUUUCAUCACUAGGCUUUUUCUACCUCGCUCGUUUGGCCUCAAUACCAUUUAUCAAUCUGAUUUAUGGAUUCUAGCAAGUGCCAAGGAGAAUCGAGUUAUAAGCUAUCCCCAUUUGAUGUUCGACCAUAUGUUGAACUAUCAUGCUGAUAACUUUGAAGCCGAUCUUCCUUUUGCUCCUCAGAUCACUCAGAUCUUGUUAGCAUUGGGAAUUGACUUAAGGUUCAAAGUCGCUCGUGUGGACAUGCUUAGCUCUCUUCGUGCUCAGUUCAUUAUACGCAAGGUAGAUGCCUCUGUUGGUCGUAGAUGA